AUGGACGAGCAGCCGGCGAGGGGGAGGUACCACCCGUUCGAGGAGAUCGCCGAGGCGGUGCAGCUGGACGACGGCGAGCCGGCCCACCUGACCGACGCCGAGUCCGCCCGAACAAUCGUCGAGGUGAACAACAAGGCGACGGUGAUGAUCUCCACGCUCGUCGGCGACGGCGUGCACGAGCGGAUCAUCCUGCCGGAGUUUCCCUACCUCACCGACGAGAACGGAGAUAUCUACUUCGAGGUGGACAACGAGGACGCGCUGCUGGAGAGCGUAAUGGGGGAGGACAAGAUCGCGCACGUUAUCAUCGGAUUGGAUAACACACAGGUCUUCGCCGACCUGGAUCUCGCAUCGGCCUCCGCCACAGAUUUUGCGCAAGGAGACGACGACGGCGAUGAGGACGAUGACGGCUCCGACGACGAUGAGGAAAGCGACUUUGACGACGACUUCAACGACGUGGAGGGUGUGUUUUCGGUUGAUGAGGACGACGAAGACGACGGUGAGGAGGAGGAGGAGGAGGAGGACGAUGACGACCUACCAAGCUGGUCCAACCUUGAGACCGUGAAUUCCUGCCAUCCAUUGUACUUUGCAAGGAUGAUCGUAGAGACUGCAACCAAGAAUAACAUAGACUGGUUGGACCGGCCACCUGCAAGCCUUGUUGUUGAGGGCCAGCUGAGACCUGCCUUUGCUGUGGAGAGCACCAUGGUUGCCAAGCAUAUAUCAAGUGAUGCGCCAAAGGAAGAUAAAAAGGAGAGUGGUGCCACCUUUUUCAAGGUCGAGGUCCUCAGCAUUGAGUUGAUCACUGCAUAUGGAACUGAGCCCAAGGUAAAGAUUGAAGAAUACCAAAAGGCUAAGCCGGACAUCAUCGCACAUUCUGCACCAAACGUAAUAUCGCGCCUGAGAGCUGGUGGAGACAAGAUUACACAGGCUCUGAAAUCUCUCUGCUGGAGGUGCAAGGCCAUUCAAGUAGAGGAAGCGGCGGUGAUCGGAGUGGACUGCCUUGGAUUUGACUUGAGAGUGUGUUCAGGAACUCAAGUGCAGACACUGAGAUUUGCUUUCCCUACAAAGGCUACUUCCGAGUUCGCUGCAGAGAAGCAAAUACAUGAGCUACUGUUUCCUAGGAAUACACAUCAAGAAGGGCAAUCGCCACAAGCACAACAGAAGUCAUGA